AUUCUCCCGUACCUCAUCAUGGCAAUACUCUACGGUAUAAUCAUCAAAGUUCUUUGGUGGUCGAUCUCUAGCAAUGACAUAACAAGACAGGCUUUGCAGAUAUCCCGAAAGAGAGUUACUAAAACGGUUGUGAUUGUGACCAUAUUGGGAUUUCUCUUUUGGAANCCAAACCUGAUAUACUUUUUUAUUGUGAAUUUUAAACCAAAGAGUGACUCUCCAACAAAUGACCUCGACGGGGCUGCGCCGGCUUUUUAUGCAGUCAGUCAUAACUUUAUAUUCUUAAACUCGACAGURAAUCCCUUUGUUUAUGCCUUCCAGUACACCAGGUUCAGAAAGUGCAUAAAACGUAUUUUUAUCCGGCAAAAAGCAAGAAGGAUUGGUAAAGAGCUCAGGUAUUUGAAAAGAGCAAAGGCUGYUGGACAAGAUAACGCAGGCCACUCACCAGACAAUGAAUGACUGAUAUCUAAAAGACUUGAGCCAAAAGGGAGUCCAACUUGUUGCCAGUUCUUAAUUGUUAUCAAUCAGGGAUAAUUUUAUCCAGUGAAUGACAUCCAACUUUCGAACCAGGUCAGCUAGAGAAAUUCUAUCCGCUCGAUAAGGAUUUAUCCGGCGGAUCAGAUCCAUAACUGCACUCACAGAUAGGCAGUAAUUAUAGCUUUAUUAAUUCAACGCAUGGUGUAGAGCAUAUAUAUGGCACAAUAAACUUAAAUUGUAGUGAAUGCUUUCAUGGCUMAUCAAUAUCAACAGURCCUGUCGAUCGGGCAUUCUCUAAUCGCCUCUUUUGAAGGCUAUGAACUGGAUAGUUCUUUUUCGUGAGUGAUUAAGAAMAUGCUCAYCGAAACUUUGUAGCUACAGAUAUGCUUGUAUAGGGACGACACACCUUGUUUAAAAAAMGUUCCAUCAAACACAUAGUAAAAUCCAUACAGGCAUUAUUGAUACUAUUGGUGCCGGGACCAGAAAAGUAUCAGUACAGAUACCGGGGUCUACUCGAGUGAUUGCAGUAAAAAUCACGCGAGAAUGCACGAUAGCAUAGUGACUUUUGCUUCUUCGAGGUAAYAACCAUAAAAAUGGGGACUAUGCAUAAAAUAAAAGAUGGUAGCAUUUACUAUAACCAUCAACACAAUGCCCUUGUCAUUUAUAUUAUAAUACAGUUGUGUAAAGAGAUACAUUCUACACCGUAAAAAAGUGGGUGAAGAAACGUACUGACGUUUCGGACGUUAAUCCUUCGUCGGAGU